AUGGACGUGUUCGAAGGGUCUGGCCGCGGUCGUAAGCCUCUCCCCCCUCAGGCUCUUUGGAUCUUCCGCAUCACCGAGGAUUCACCGCCUACCAUGAAUACCUCGCCGAAGUGCCCAAAGACGACAACAACCGACCCCACAGUCGACGCAGCCAAAGAGCGCCUCCGGCACGUCAUCAGCUCCGGCGCGGGAUCCAACCAUCACCUGCAGGUAGCGCUUCGUCUGCUGAACUCUGACGAAGGCCGCGAGUACAGCGAUAAGUGUGACCGGUGUCAAGCCGAGGGUGUCCUAUGCUGGGCUAAAGAGGAUGCCAGUGGUGAGCUGAAGAGUAAUCAAGAGCUGACAUGCAGCGCAGCGCCCCAACCUCCAAAAUCUAAAAACCAAAGGGACGGGGGUGGUACCGCCCCAGAGCAACGAGUCGCCAUAACGGCUGCUCAGCUUGAGCUCCUCCGACAGGUGGUCCGCAAUAGCGAGGGCAUGCUGGACAUGCUCGCACCCACUGUGAGCGACACCCUCUUGUCCCGGAUGGACUUCCGCACGGCACAGAACACGGUGGAAGGUGCAAAGCGUGUCAUCGAUGAACUGUCGAAGCAAAUGAACGAAGGCGGCGGAGGUCACGUCGAAGUUGAUGGCGAAGCAGGCUACGAAGCAGGCGAAGUGGACGACGAAGCGGACGAAGCCGACGUCGAAGGCCAGUUAAUUUAG